GGGCGGGCGGGCGGGCUGGCGGCUGGGACCGCGGUGGCGCUGCUCCGGCUGCUUCCUGGAGACGGGGGAAGUGAGGAGCCGCCGCGGAGAUCGAGCCGCAGCCCCGCGCCUACCGGGUGGCCGCUCGACCAUGAGACCCGCCGCCUUCCCGCCCUCGCCUGAGCCCGCCUGCCUCUUCCUCGUCCUGGUAUCUUGGCUUUUUAAUCCAGCAAGAAGUGAAAUAACAAGUCUAGAUAGUGGAAAUAUAGAUGAUAUUUUGAACAAUGCAGAUGUUGCUUUAGUUAAUUUUUAUGCAGAUUGGUGUCGCUUCAGCCAAAUGUUGCAUCCUAUCUUUGAGGAAGCUUCCAAUGUCAUUAAAGAAGAAUAUCCAGAUAAGAAUCAAGUGGUAUUUGCCAGAGUAGACUGUGAUCAGCACUCGGAUAUAGCUCAAAGAUACAGAAUAAGCAAAUAUCCAACCCUAAAGCUGUUUCGAAAUGGAAUGAUGAUGAAGAGAGAGUAUAGAGGCCAGAGAUCAGUGACUGCAAUAGCAGAUUAUAUAAGACAACAGAAAAGCAAUCCUAUUCGAGAAGUCCAAGAUUUGGAAGAAAUUCACUCUGUUGACCGCAGUAAAAGAAAUAUCAUUGGAUAUUUUGAACAGAAGGACUCUAAUAACUAUAGAACCUUUGAAAGAGUAUCAAAUAUUUUGCAUGAUGAUUGCGUCUUCCUCUCUGCAUUUGGGACUGUUUCAAAACCAGAGAGAUUUAGUGGGGACAAUGUAAUCUAUAAGCCUCCAGGGGAAAAUGCUCCAGAUAUGGUAUACUUAGGUUCUCUGACCAAUUUUGAUUUGGUUUAUGCAUGGACACAAGACAAAUGUGUGCCACUUGUUCGAGAAAUUACAUUUGAGAAUGGAGAGGAAUUAACAGAAGAAGGCUUGCCUUUUCUCAUACUUUUCCACAUGAAAGAUGACUUGGAGAGUUUAGAAAGAUUCCAGCAGGAAGUUGCGCGACAACUAAUAAGUGAAAAGGGUACAAUAAAUUUUCUACAUGCUGACUGUGACAAAUUCAGACACCCACUUCUACAUAUUCAGAAGACUCCAGCAGACUGUCCUGUUGUUGCUAUUGACAGUUUUAGGCAUAUGUAUGUCUUUCCAGACUUCAAUGACUUGUCUAUUCCAGGUAAACUGAAACAGUUUGUACUAGAUUUGCACUCUGGAAAAUUGCACCGAGAAUUUCAUCAUGGCCCUGAUCCAACUGAUGUAGCACCUGGUCAGCCAAAUCAAGAUGUAGCAAGCAGUCCACCAGAGAGUUCAUUCCAGAAGUUAGCACCCAGUGAACAUAGGUACACAUUAUUGAGGGAAAAAGAUGAACUUUAAAAACUUGAACUAAUCUUGCAAGCCUUUUCAAACAGCAGCAUUGACUUGUGUGGUGGAAAUAGUAAACCUAUAUUUUCAUAAUUCUAUGUGUAUUUUUAUUUUGGAUAAACUGAAAAAUAAUUUUUUUGCUCCCUGGGCUUGUAAAUACAUUUGUUUGGUGGGUCAUUCUGUACAGCAUCUUUCAAAUGGCUUGUUCCUAAUGCUAUAGUAAAAUAUCAGAGACCCAUCUAGACUUUUGAUCUAACUCCGUUCUGUAAAACUUUUCUAAUUCAAAUGAAGGUAUCAUUGCCAGAGACAUGCUGUUAACUUGCACUCUCUAAGUAGGACUCCUCUGAUUUUUUUUUUUUUUUCUCUGUGUAAUCUGGUAGUAUGUGCUUUUAUUUCUUCCUCUUCAUGUGAACAGCUAUCCUGGUACUUCGUUUCAUUGUCACAUUUUUCUCAUAAUUAAGAGGGCGUAUUCUGGAUACUUGGGAAGGGAAUAAAUUAAAGUUUUACAGAA